AUGCAGCCGCAGCAGCAGCACUAUGCGCUGCAGCAGCAGCAGCUGCAGCAGCUGCAGCAGCUGCAGCAGCUGCAGCAGCAGCAGCAACUCUCCGGCGCCUGCAGCCUCCCCAUGGGAGUCCUGGGGGCCCCGCUGCAGCCUUGGGGAGGCGGGGGGCCAGCAGCAGCAGCAGCAGCAGGAGCAGCAGCAGCAGCAGCAGCCCCUGCAGCAGUGCCGGGGCUGCCGUUUGCCUUCUCCGGGGGCUCUCCCGGCGCGACUGCAGCAGCAGCAGCAGCAGCAGCAGCAGCAGCAGCAGCAGGGGCCCCCAUGUCUGCUGAAGCCUACGUGAACUUCGCCCGGCAGCAGUACACAGCCCACUACUUCCACACAGCUUUUGCUGCUGCUGGCUGCUGCAGCACGCAGCAAGCCAUGGCUGUUGCUGCUGCUGCAGUGCAGCAGCUGCAGAACAACGGCUUCUUCGAUUCCCUGCGGCAGUCGUACCAGCAGCAGCUCAACCAGGCGCAGCAGCAGCAGCAGCAGCGCGCAGCAGCAGCUGCUGCUGCUGCCGCUGCUGCCAGCCACCUGCAGCACCCCUGGCACAGGCAGCAGCAGCAGCAGCAGCAGCAGCAGCAGCAGCAGCAGCAAAAUGCAGCCUCCGCAGCCUCGCCCCCGUGGCACCAGCAGCAGCAGCAAAACAACGCCGACGGCGCAGCUGUUGCAGCAGCGUCGAACUCCGCAGCAGCUGUUGCUUCAGAAGCAGCAGCAGCAGCAGCAGCAGCAGCAGCAGCACCAAAGCGGCAGCAGCGGCUCAGCAUAGUCAUUAAGUCCCGAACACUUCCAGCUCCUGCUGCUGCUGAUUCCUCGCACGCCCCAGAAACCCGAAGUGCAGCAGCAGCAGCAGCAGCAGCAGCAGAUAAUUCUCCGGCUCCUGCUGCAGCUUCCGCUCCUGCUGCUCCUGCUGCUCCUGCUGCUGCUGCUUCUGGGGAACAGUCAGUCCCGCGGCCGCUGAGGAAGCGCCGCUUCGACGUUUUGGGAACUCCUGCUGCUGUUGCUGCUGCUGCUCCCCAAAAGCAGCAGCAGCAGCAGCAACAGCAGCAGCAGCAGCAGCAGCAACGGCCGCAGCAGCAGCAGCGGACCCCGCAUCAGCAGCAGCAGCAGCAGCAGCAGCGGGACUUCGCAGAAUUCGCAGGCUGGAUCAAUCGGAUUUAUGCGCACUACUCCAGCAGCCUGGGAGUUGCGGAGACUGCGGAGACAGUUUUUGGAUUUGCCAGCCGUGUCAGUGAAGAGUUUCGAAGGGGACUUUUGAAGGAAGCAAACUGGCGGCAGCAAAGAGUCCCUUCGCUGCAGCAGAUGACGCAGCGCCUCAGCAGCAGGCUGCGCUCUUCCAUGGGAGGGCGGUACACUCAGGAGAGCCUGAAGAGCGAAAGGAGACAAAACCGAAGCAGCAGCAGCAGCAGCAGCAGCAGCAGCAGCAGCGCAGCAAAUGCAGUCUCCUUGUCUCCUUCGGACGCGGAAUCGAGAGAAGGAAGAAGCAGCAAUUUUAAUUUCAAAGCAACAGCAGCAGCAGCAGCAGCAGCAGCAGCAGCAGCAGCAAAGGCCCACCGCAACGCCGGAAGAGGGAUAGAGACUUUGACGGGCGUCAGCGCAGCAGAGGAAAAACGGAAAAGACAACAUCGGCUGCAGCGUUUUCAUUUAAAGCAGCAGCAGCAGCAGCAGGAAGCAGCAGCAGCAGCAGCAGCAGCAGCACCCAUGUCUUGGGAAGAAAAGCUGGCCUUAGCCCGCAGCACAGCCCCCAUUGUUGGCAGCAGCACAGCAAUUGAAAAACCUUAUUUGCGGCUCACCAAUGCCCCAGACCCUGCCACAGUGCGUCCGGAGCGCGUGCUGCGUCAGACGCUGGCGCACCUGCUGCAGGUGGCUGCCGCGGCGCAGGCGCCCGCCCCCAGCAGCAGCAGCAGCAGCAGCAGCAGCAGCAGCAGCAGCAGCAGCAGCAGCAGCAGCAGCAAAGUGUGGGCGUACCUGGACGAACAGUUUCGCAGCCUGCGGCAAGACCUCACGGUGCAGCACAUCGCCAGUCCCUUUUGCUGCAGCGCUUAUCAGCACAACGCGAGACUGGCGCUGCAGUUUGGAGACUUGGGGCAGUUCAACCAGUGCCAGACGCGGCUGGACCACCUCUUCAGGACCAUUGGUCUCCACGCCCUCGACCCCCAGCGGAUAGAAUUCCUUUGCUACCGACUGGUCUAUUUGGCGCUGCAGGGAAUGCGCCUGGACCUUCUCAAGCUGUAUCGGGAGUUGUCAGCAGCAGAGCGGCAGCAGCGGGAGGUGCAGCAGUGCCGCCGCUUGUGUGUCUCUUUGCUGCAGCAGGACUUUUGUCUCUUUUUUCGUUUGUUCAAAUUCGCUCCUUUUUUUGUUCCUUUUCUUUGCCAGCUCUUCUUCAAAAAGGUCCAAAUGCAGGCCUUGCUCUGCAUUUCAAGAGUCUCGCUGACGGUCACUGUCUCCUCUCUGCAGCGGCUGCUGUGCUUUUCAUCUGCUGCUGAAUGUCUCUCCUUUUUGGAGCAGCAAAAGGCGGUCUUCAAGCAGCAGACAAAGCAGCAGCAGCAGCAGCAGCAGCAGCAGCAGCAGCAGCAGCAACUGGGGUCUCUCGUCGUGGACUGCAAGGCCUCUGUCCCCAACUUUGAGCUGUCUCCUCUGCUGAAGAAGAAGGUCCAUGCCAUGGGAUGA